GUUUAGUCCCUUGCCGGCUUCCGUAAUGUGUCAUGCAGCGUUGCUUGGAAGAAGACCGACGUGUAUUUAAUAGGUUGACGGAAACUGGGUUAAAUGGCAGCGACGCUUGAGAGCUGUGUAUUGGGAGGAUUUCAGGGUCCCGGGCCCGGCGGGGGGAUACCAGUAGAAGAAUUAGACUGGGAUUCUUCACUUUUCGAUGAGCUUACUGACUUGGUUGAUGUUGAUCAUAUGUUUCAGGAGGAGAAAAAUGAAAUUCACGAAAACCAUUUUGACAGCCUUGAUUUCAACAUGGACCUGAUGGCAUGGAAUACUUGUCCGUGGGAUUCCCCUGAUGAGGGUAUCAAACUCGAUCCUUUGUCUCCUGCGUCAUCCAUCACCUCUGUGACUUCCCCAUCCUCUGUUGAUUCUUUAGCCUCUUCUUCUCAGUUUGUGCCAGAAGAUCUUGAUGUAUCCAGUUCUCAGCUGUCUCCUGUAUCAUUAUAUUCUGACUGCUCAAAAAGUCCCAAGUCUCCAGAUCUUCCUGAAGAGAAACCUAUAGUAACUGCACGCCAGACUACAGGAAACACCUCUAUUACACAGAGGAAGCUGCCUCCAGUGGUACCAAAACCAUCCAUUCAACCGAAAGCUAUAAUAAUUCCUGCCUCUGCUGAUAUCCAAGCCUCUGCAACUGUUGCGUCCAAAACAAUAUUUUUCCAGCCUCUAACAACGCUUUUACGAAAGCAGCAGCCACUUAUUACCCUGCAGCAAGCUCCAUCUGCUGGCCAACCAGUCCUGCUUGCUCCUUCUACAGUCGUACAGCUUCCUGCAUCUGGUAUUGUUACAACACAGCAAGUCCUUACCAUGGGUGGAGGUACAACAACGAUCCCAACACCAUCUAUGAACAUCCUCACCCCUACUCUUCCACAGUGUGCUAAAACGUCACCAGUGAAACCUGUCAUCCCAGCAUCCAUGAGGUCUGUGGAUUCUGGAACCGAUAUAAAUGUCCUAAGGAGGCAACAGAGAAUGAUUAAAAACCGGGAAUCGGCCUUCCAGUCUAGAAGAAAGAAAAAGGAAUACAUGCAGACGCUGGAAGUGCGCCUGAGAGCAGCUCUCUCUGAGAAUGAGAAGCUAAAGAAGGAAAAUGGAUCCUUGCAGAAAUUGCUAGAAGAAGUCGUAUAUGAAAAUCAGAAGCUCAAAGUGACUGCACCAAAGAGAAGAGCCGUCUGCCUAAUGAUGGUGGCUGUGUUUCUGAUACUCAACUUUAACCCAUUAAGUGUACUGGAGUCAAAGCCAGGCCCCUAUGAUGUUGAGGUCAGCCCUGUUCGCCACAACAGGCACCUUCUUGGUUUCUCAGCUAAUGAUGAAAAGGCAGAAGCCCAGAAAGAUACAGAGAAUAUCAGAUCUGGAAAGUACAUUUCCAAUGAAAAGGCAUUGAUGGUAGUAAAGGAGCCAUUACUAUACAUACCUCAACCUCCUCCUUGCCAACCACAGGUCAAUAAAACACAGACCCUAAGGUUAAACCAGGAACUGCGUGGCUGGGUACACAGGCAUGAAGUCGGUAGGACCAAGUCGAGAAGGAUGACCAACAGUCAGAAGGUACAAAAGCCAGAGGAGAAAAGUGUCAAUUCUGAACUUGUAACAAUGCAGUACACAGACACCAGUAUCAGGAACUCUAAUGAGCUUCAGAUUUAUUACUACUCCCCAAGGAGCUACCAAGACUUUUUAGAAGCAAUCCGCAGGAGGGAAGAUACCUUCUAUGUGGUGUCAUUCCGUAGGGGAAAGUUAGUAGAGCUGAGAAAUUCACCCUGGGAUCAUCUCUUGUUACCAGCCACCAACCGAAAUAAAACUACUAGACCAAAAAUGUCUAUAAUAUUGCCAUCAACUAAUGUGAAUGACAAUGUGAUUAAUGGACAGGAUUUUGAGGUGAUGAUGCAAAUAGAUUGCGAAGUGAUGGACACCCGUAUGCUGCAUGUCAAGGCUUCAACUAUUCCACCAUUUUUACGCGAGCACCGAGAGAACCAAACUAAUUCGUUCUACAACUCUCCCACCUCUGGCCCAGAACCUGCCCAAGUUGUGAGCGCAAUAUGAAAGUCCUUGCCAUGAAGGAGACUGAGAACAAUGCUUGAUCUACUUGCUGCCUCAGUGUGUGUGUGCUGGAGACUGCCAAGCAAACCUUCAAUGAAUGCAGAUGUCACAUAUACAUAUCAACAUUUACUUGCCAGUGUCACAUAGGCAAUAGUUUGUUUUUUGUCCAACAAAUAUAAUUUAUAUAUUCUGUAAAAAAAAGAUCAUAUCAAAGAGCGAAUAGAAGGCAAAGUUUUCAUUAUGUUAUCUUGCUUAAUUAGACAAAACAAUUGCUAUUAUGAGUUUAUAUAGCAAGUUUUAUCAAACCAAGUUCAUUUAAUGGUCAUAUAAAUAGAUUUCCUUAUAUACAGAAAAAUCCACUCAGUGUCACAAAACUGAUACAUCAUUGUCAAAUUUGGCCAUCUAGGUGGUGUACUAAAUCCGGCUGAUCUGAUAAUUU